UGUUGUGCACUUGUACUGUGCUGUGCGAUGUCGUUGUGUAUACAAGACGAUUAUUUCAGCAGAGAACUUCAUUAAAAAAUAAGUACCAGACUGUUUUUUAUUAAAUUUGUAGACUUUGUCCUCUUAAAUUUUGUAAAUAUCUUGAAGACCUGAGAAGUUUCUUCUAUCCACCAUGAUUUUGAGAUUUACAGGUGACAAUGUUCUCAAUCACUGAAGUUUGUGGUAUGAGUCAAGCGCGUUCCCUGCCUUUCCUCAGAUUACAUCAAGUUUCCGAAGAGAGUUCAAAUGAAAUGCCUGUCCCUACAAAAUGUCAUAAUUUUCUGCAUUAUGUCAAAAGAACUAUCAUGCAAUGUUGGGCUUUAUCAAGUGCUGCAGCAUUGACCAUUCUUCUCAUUUAUUGGGUGUACGGAGGAGUGCUAGCAUUUUUACUUCUAUGCUUUACGGUCACAGGCAUUCUAUAUCAUUCAGAAGAUCAGCUAGUUUACCAUCCUGAUCAACCGUCUCAUUCUCGUAUUUUUAUUCCCAUCCCAUCGAUGAUGCGACUUCCGUACGAGAGUAUUUACGUCCGUAGCCCAGAUGGAACAAGAAUUCAUCUCUACCUCAUAAAACAACCUGAUGCAGCUUAUAAAACUGCACCCACAGUAGUAUUUCUGCAUGGAAAUGCAGGAAAUAUGGGCCAUAGGUUACAAAAUGCUUCUGGUCUCUAUCAUAGCCUUAAUUGUAACUUGUUGAUGGUUGAAUACCGAGGAUACGGACUAUCUGAAGGCUGUCCAUCAGAAGAAGGAAUUUGCAUGGAUGCCAGAACAGCCAUAGAUUUUAUACUAUCAAGGCCUGAUUUGAAUCAUCAGCAGAUUGUGGUUUUUGGCCGAUCACUCGGAGGAGCUGUUGCUAUAGAUUUAGCGGCUCGACCUGAAUAUAGUUCCCGUAUCUGGUGUGUUGUACUAGAAAAUACGUUUACCAGUAUUCCAGACAUGGCUGCUGUCAUUUUGCGGUGGGAUGUCCUGAAAGAACUACCGUUUUUCAUCUAUAAAAAUAAGUUCUUGUCAUGGCGGAAAGUAUCCAGCAUCAGCAUUCCAGUUCUAUUCAUAAUUGGACUACGAGAUGCUUUUGUUCCACCAGCUAUGAUGAACAAAUUAUACCAGCGUUGUGGGAGCCCUCACAAACAAGUCGUACAUUUCAGCACAGGCACGCACAAUGAUACUUGGAUGAGUCCUGGAUACUACGCUGCAAUUUCAAAUUUCUUGAGAUCUGCUCUUGAUUACUUCCCCACUAAGAUAGAAUCAAUGUCAAAUAUCAAGUCAGUUUGAUACAUGCAUUUAUAUUUUUGUUUAUAAUUUUCAUAAUAUGCUCUUAAUUCUUGGACUCCUGUCACUCAAGACUUCAGAUACUGAUGCCUACUGAAAGAAUCAUGAAGAAUGCAGUAAUUAACCCAUCGACUUAAAGAAAUGGCUAUUAGCCAUCUGUGCUGUGCUGAGCUGGAUCUGAAUUGACCAGGCUCUGAUGGCUCCGAUAGAGCCAUCAGUCGACUUGGCAUCCAAAUUUACAAUGUUUCAAUAAUUCCAUUUUAGACCGCAUUCUCAGCGAUGUCCAUACCAGUAGUAGUAUCACCAACUUAAAACUUAUUUUAAGAAUUAAUCUAUUAAUCCGUCACAAUUUUUGUAUCAUUGUACAGUUGGACAUAAUGUAACCUGAAAAGACCAAACACUUCUAAUACGAAGAAAUUCGGCGCCGGUUAAAUUUCGAGAUUUUUUUUGUUUGAUGUUACUUUACAAUCUCCUGAGUAAGAUAAGCUUUUAAAAUCGAAAUUUCUGUGCUGAUCUUGAGAUAAUUUGGCCUCAGAAGUGCUCUUUUGGCAGUUUAAUUGGUGCUAUCAUACGGAGAAGUGGCACUGUUCCUGGGUCAAAGAGGGGGGGUCCUAUUGUUUUCAACUCAGGUAAUGCGCUGAAUGCUGCGCAUUUUGUCAUCCACUUUAUCUCCUCGGCCAGGAGAAGACCAGGGAAAAGGAGCCUCCUCUUUGAUCACCUUCAUUUUCCCUCUUGAUUAAAUGUGUAAAACUACCAAAAAGUGCACUUAUUAGACCUGAUUUUUCUUGAGAUUGGCACACAGAAAGUCCAAUUCCAUCCAAGUCCAAGUCCACAAAAAGUUAUCUUACUUAAGAGGUUGUCAGGAACAUCUUAUCAUAUCAUCUCAACUGCUCCUGAUUUCUUGGUAUUGUGUGUAUAGUUCUUUUCCUGACUAUUGCUCAUCAUGCGAUUCUCAUGAUUUUGACAGCAACAAAUCAACGGUAAGAAAAGAUUGAAACUAUUUUUUCUCUUUAUUUCUUCAAAAAUAUCAAUGUAAAUGCUCAAUAUUUCAAUUUUUAACGCGGAAAAUGAGUUCAGGAUUAUUUGUUAAAGUUCAAAGACCCUGAUAUUUGCAUAUUUUUGAAUUUUUACUGUUAGGUGCUACAGAGUCAAAUUAAAUCAUUAGUCAGUUGGUUAAUUCAUACAUUCUUAUCAUCAGAAUCAGGUAGUUUGGGAAUCUAAAUUCAAAAGAUUUUUCUUUUUCAUGGCAAUAUUUUACUUUAAAACUAUUUGAGAUUUCCAACCACAGUGAAUACUCAAGCUUGGAGUGAAUGAGCCAAACAUGAGCCUGUGAAAUCAGAAUGAAAGUCCUAAAGUACUCUAUUUCACGCCAAGACAGUAAUUUUUCAAUGGCUAAAAAAAUUCAGUCUCGGCACUUGAAGUUUCCAAGAAGUGAUAAAAGGUAACCACUCUUCUUCUCAAAAUACAAAGGCUUAUGGCCUCCCUUAGUUGCACAAUAGAGAGUGUCACGUGAGUGACCAGGACUGCAAUUUGAGGUUGUGCCAGGCUGGCUAUUUACCUGAUCCUUUCAUUAAAGUAGUUGCAAGCUUUUUGUGUUAGGAAAAUAACUUUUCAUGAUUCCUGUUAAGCUUAACAAUGCAACUUUAUCAUUCAGGAAAAUUUGGUUGCAUCUAAGGGCGUGUGUGGCUUUUUUUUUCUUUUUUUUUCUCUUUUGAAGUUUUUUAUUUAAUUUUUUUGAAUUUUUAACCUUUUGUAAUCCAGAUAGUCUUAUUCUAUGGACUUGAUUGAAUACAGUGUCAUGUAAUAGAAGAGUCCUGUGUGUUCUUAUCAUGCCACUUUGUCACCCUCCACACAAAAGAACGAAUCUUCAUUGCGUUGUUUCCGUAUUUCUUACUAACAUUCUAUUUUUUUAAGGAGCAUGACUUUGCCUAAAAUUGCCUGUGAUUAUACCUUGCUCUAGUGAUAAAGACAAUAAAUUCUUCAGACAAAUUCGUGUGAAAUUUCUUUUUUGAAAAAAUAAAAUGUUGGUUGAAAUUAUAAAACAUCGCAAAUGAGAUGCGUUCAUUUACUUCAGAGACGUUGCAUGCCAUACGGUUUUGUGGAUAACCAAAAGCUCUCUUGCACUGCAGUCACAUCAUGUAAGAUUCAUCAACUUCUCAGUUUCGAUGUCAUAAUAAGAGCAACUCACUGUCAGUCUCCGAAAUCAUGAGGGAACCUUGUGAAGGGCCAAAGUUUAUCCCAGCAUAGAAACGCACAAAGAUUUUCAUCUUAAUUUCAAGUUUUUUGUACCCUGUAAGUUGAUACUAACCCCUGUACUUUCUUGUUUUUUGUGAAUUUCAAUUCUUUCUAAUGGUGAAUUUAAUUUUCUCAGUUCUCAUAGAGUUACCGCACUGACUUCUUAUAUUUCUUUCAAGCCAAUCUCUAACUAUUAACGGUUUAAUUUUGUCAGAGCCAUUCAAUAGUAUUCGAUAGAAAAUGAAAUUUAAUUUUCCCUCUCCAAAAGGAGUCAGAGCUAUAAGUUUUAAGAAUCACACACCGGGGGAUCUUGAAUGAAAAGUUCCUUGACAAAUUUUUCAUUUCUCAAUACAUGGAGAGUGCUAAUAUUUUGAAAUAAUUUUGGGUCACCAAAAUAUGUUUUUGUUUUCUCUUUUUUUGGGUCAGUCGGUUUAUCCUUUAAGACUUUCUCUCAUUCCUUAUUAGGGUUUGCAUGAAGGUUGUGUUAAAUUCUGAAAGGGAGGGGGGUGGGCUCUACCAGAAACACAGCAAGUGCUGUCUGUUUUAGCUCUAGAUGAGCCUUUUUCCUCAUUGUCUUGAUCAAAAUGGAGUGCCUUAAAGUCCUUUUUAGAAACUGAAUUAAUCAAUCACAUUAAUAUUUUUCAAGGCUUUUGUAAAUACAUUAACAGGCAUUUGUAGAUGUUACAUUCCCUUAGGGCUCAUCGAUAACCUGCUAAAAAGUUUGAACCUCAGAUGGCCUCUUGUGUGAAGUAGGUUUACAAUCCUUCCCAGGAGCAACAUUAUAAUGCCAGCUGGGUGCGUUUAAUGGUGGCUCAUGUUCUGUCUAUUAUUUCUCUCUCUUAUUAAUUGUUAUGCAUGUAAUUGCCUUUCAUAUAAAAUAGCAAUACAAGGUGAAGACCUGUAGAUUUUAGGUCUUCCUCCAUGUUAUCAGGCGGAUCAUUUUUGCAACAGUCUGUAGUUAUCAAAAUGCUUAUGGAAUUUGAACAAGAUUUCCGGAAGAUUACAGUUCCUAAGAAGCAAACCCCAGAAAAUAAGACUCCAACUUUGUCAGGAACAUGAUUGUCAUAAAGCACACCACACCACUGCUCUGGUCAGCCAACAUGAGUUGGACAAACAUUCGUAAAAUACCAUUGAAUUCAAGAAAUAUGUUAUGACGGCACAACAUUUAUUAGGAUAUUCCCUUGAAUUCAGUGGUAUUUUACGAAUGGCUGUCCAACUUAGAUUGAAGCUGACCAGAGCGGUGUUGUGGUGUGCGUUGCGAUGAAUGUGCUAUUUCAACACAUGAAAAAGGAUUGAUUCCAAGGGUGUUUGCAACGACACCUUAAUAAUUGAUCCUUUUCUGUAGCUUCAAUGGGGAAAUUAUUGUAUGUCAAUUCUUCGCGCCUCUCUACUAAACCAGAAAAAGAGAGAAGUCUCUUGAUUUUUCAAAUCCAUUUUGAAUUUGAUUAAGCUUAGUAGAUAUGAUAUUGGAUGGUCAAAACCAAUUUUUCUCUCUUUAUCAGACCGUCGGAGUAAAUCAUGGUAUCAAAAAAGUUUCCCAAACUUUGAAUUUUCGCUUAAGUUGGUCAAGAGACGAGAUGUACAGAGGUGAGGAUAUAUGAUGGUCCAGAAUUUGAUCGGAGCUAUUAAGUUUUUUUUUUCCAUUUUAAAUAAUUUGUAUUCAAUUAAGUUGAGCUACUUGGUAGAAAAAUGGAUUGCAUUCUAAUGACAGCUCACCCAGCACUUUAAAAACUUGUAGAAUUCUAGUUGCUUUUCAACAUAGACGUUAUUUUAAACAUAACGACUUUCCAAAAAAUAUCUACCACAAAAUAAACAGUUUUUUGUGUCUCCUGAACAAUUUGGUUUUCUGGACUUGUGCACUUUUUGUAUUUUGUGAUUCAACUGAAGGUGGAACAAAAAGAUGAGAAUCUGUACUGAGACAAUCAAGUCUUUCUCUCUAUAUCAUAGUUGUGAUUGAGGGAAUCCUACAAAGUAUAAUUGUGUUGAAAGUUGCAAUCCCAAUAUUGUAUUUAUAAUAUUUUUUAAAUGCUUGGUUUGUUUUGUGAAGUUUUCUUUUGAAUUGCUUGAUUCUAGUUUUUAUCUUUUUUUUCUGGCAUUAAUUUUGUAACAAACGCAUACUUCUAUGAUUUUUUAUUUUGCAAAAUGAAUUGUUUCAUGCAUUUCUAUUCAUUUUCAAAGAAGUGUACUUCUAAUGUUAUGAUGAAAUUUUGCUAUAAUAUUGUGAUGUUGUUUUAUUUUAUAAUUUUCUUUUUCUAAUAAAAGUGGAGUAACUAAAGAAA